AUGAAGAAAGUUUUUAUAUUUAGUCUCCUUGCACUGGUAUUGCUUGUGACAGUGGUUAGCGGAGAUGGAAAGAAAAAGGAAAGUUCCUUCGAGGAAAGUGGAGGCAGUGAACACGGCGGCGACCAUCAUUCGAAGAAAGGUGAUAAAGGCGAUAAAGGCUACGAGAAAAAGCAUGGAAUAGAAAAAUCCGAAAAGGGCAGUAAGGGCAAGGAGGAUCACGAGUCGCACUACGGCGAGGAAGGUGGCCAUAAGAAGGAAAGUCACGACGAGGGCGAUCAUUACAAGAAGCACCACGAAGAAAAGAAGGGGUCGAAGCACGGUAAGAAGGGUCACAAAAAGGGCCAUAAAAAGGGAUCUAAGACGACCGGCUAUCAUCACAAAUCCCACAAAGAUGACUAUCACAAGGAGCACAAAUUCUACGAUGAUCAUCACAAGGAAGGCCACCAUAAGAAGUUUGGCGAUUUCCAUGAGUUCCACAAGAAGAACGGUGGCGAUCACAAAAAGGGUGGCCAUCACGAGUCUGCACACAAGGAGGAUAAAUAUGCCAAGAAGGGACACGCGGAUAAGGGACACUUCGAUGAUGAACACAAAGGAUGGAAGCACAAGCAUGGGCACGAGUCGCACUUUUCACACAAGGAUGAUUUUGGCAAGAAGGGUGGAAAAUCCGGCGGCAGUGAGCACGGUUACAAGAAGGGUGACAAAGGUCAUUAG